CUUGAAUCUGCCCAUUGCUGCCCACACAGAACAACAAUGGUGCUGGUUAUUCUCGCCUGAAGUGAAGUAAUAUGUUCUGUCAAAAAUAUUUUUAAUCUUGCAACUAAUUUUUGAACAAUUCUAAGACAACAUGGGCAAUGCUGACACAAAGUUGAAUUUUCGUAAAGCAGUCGUGCAGCUGACGUCUAAAACUCAACUUAUAGAUGCAUCGGAUGAUACGUUUUGGGAUCAAUUUUGGUCUGAAAAUGUAUCUAAUGUACAAGAUAUUUUUACAUUAAUACCAGCUCCUGAAAUUCGAAUCCUCCGUGAGGAAGCUCCAUCGAAUCUAGCUACACUAUGUUAUAAAGCUGUAGAGAAGUUGGUCAAGGCGGUUGAUAAUAGCUGCAGAACUCAAAGGGAACACCAGACAGUUCUGAAUUGUUGUCGAUUAUUGACACGGUUAUUACCCUACAUUUUUGAGGAUUCAGACUGGAAAGGAUUCUUUUGGUCCAGCUUACCUGGGAAGGAAGAUGAAGAGAGUAUGCCAUUGGCUCACUCUCUCUUAAAUGCACUUUGUGAUCUAUUGUUUUGUCCUGAUUUCACAGUUGCAGGAAAUAAAAAAUCUGGUCCUGAUAAAGCUGAAGAAUUACAGUCUAUAGAUAGCUGUGAAUAUAUCUGGGAAGCUGGUGUAGGUUUUGCACAUUCACCACCUAGAUACCCCUACUUGGAUUCUAAUCGAACUGAAUUAUUAAAACUCUUGCUAACAUGCUUCAGUGAAACAAUGUACAAUCCACCAACCGAUCUAUCAGUUUCGCCGAACAGGUGGAUUCAGCAUCUAACAAGUGCUGAAAAUCGACAUGCAUUACCAAUGUUUACAUCCUUACUAAACACUGUAUGUGCAUAUGAUCCGGUUGGACUUGGAGUUCCUUAUAAUCACCUUCUAUUCACGGAUUCUCUAGAACCUUUAGUAGACGUGGCAUUGCAAAUUUUAAUAGUCACAUUGGAUCACGAUACAAGCGGUGGUGUACCUUCAGAGGAAGGUGCAACCGGAGAUAAUUUAUUUAUUAAUUAUUUGAGCCGCAUACACCGAGAUGAAGAUUUUCAAUUUGUAUUAAGGGGUAUAACUAGACUGUUAAACAAUCCCCUAAUGCAAACAUAUUUACCAAACUCUACGAAGAAGGUUCACUUUCAUCAGGAGCUCUUAGUUUUCUUCUGGAAGAUGUGUGAUUACAAUAAGAAAUUUCUCUACUAUGUACUAAAAAGCUCAGACGUUCUCGAAGUCUUAGUGCCUAUUCUUUAUCAUCUUAAUGAUUCCAGAGCUGACCAAUCGAGAGUUGGAUUAAUGCACAUUGGUGUAUUUAUCCUCCUGCUGCUCAGUGGAGAACGUAAUUUUGGUGUUAGAUUAAAUAAACCUUAUACAGCUACAAUACCAAUGGACAUUCCAGUCUUUACCGGCACUCAUGCUGAUCUCUUGGUCACAGUCUUUCAUAAGAUCAUCACAACAGGUCAUCAAAGACUACAACCAUUAUUUGAUUGUCUAUUAACAAUUUUAGUGAAUGUAUCUCCAUAUUUAAAAACGCUCUCUAUGGUAGCAAGUACAAAAUUGCUUCAUUUAUUAGAAGCAUUCAGUACACCCUGGUUUUUAUUUUCAUCACCAACCAAUCAUCACUUGGUGUUUUUCCUCUUGGAAAUAUUUAACAAUAUCAUUCAGUAUCAAUUUGAUGGAAACAGCAAUUUGGUUUAUACGAUUAUACGUAAACGCCAAGUCUUUCACGCCCUGGCAAAUUUACCUAGUGAUUGCAACACGAUUGCUCGUUCUCUAAGCAAGAGACAGCGCAGGCCGAUACCUCCUAGUACUUCUAAUGAGAAUGUCAGUGAACUAGUAAUGGAAGGAUCUCAUCCGGCACAGCCAGCGGAACCCGGUACACUGAAGGCAUCCUUGUUAGAAACACCAGGUAUUGAGAAAAUGACUGAAAAGGAAUCAGCUCAUCCUCUGAGUCCAUCAGUAGACGUAGAUAUUGGAAAGGUAGGAAACAGUAGUCACCAAGGCGCUGGAGAUGCUACUGACGACGCUCUACCAGGAAGCAAACUAAAUUCCGUCGCCCCAAAAGGAGGAAUCAGGGUGGCUGAGCACCCGAAUUUAUUGCAUUCAAAUCAAUGGGUACCUUCAGGUGAUUGGGUUCAUCAAUGGAAGAGUAAAUUACCUCUGCAGACCAUAAUGCGAUUACUUCAGGUUCUAGUUCCUCAGGUCGAGAAAAUAUGUAUUGACAAGGGAUUAACGGAUGAGAGUGAAAUUUUGAAAUUCCUACAACACGGUACUCUGGUAGGUUUGCUACCAGUACCUCAUCCUAUUCUUAUCAGAAGGUAUCAAGCAAACGCUGGCACUACAGCAUGGUUCAGAACGUACAUGUGGGGUGUGAUAUAUUUGAGAAAUGUUGAACCACCCAUAUGGUAUGAUACUGACGUAAAGCUCUUUGAAAUUCAAAGGGUUUAACCGCAAUGAGUUCAAUGCUGAAACAAAAGUUCAACUCGUUUCCAAAGCCCUUUUGAAAAUUUUUGCAGCGGGUGUCGAUAAUGGUUAUAAACACACAAACAUUAAUCAGAACUGGACAUACCAAAGAUAUAAAAAGUGGCAGGAAAGAGAGCAGUCAUUGAUUUGUUGUCGAAAACUUGCAUUUCUACGUAUUUUAAGUAACUCUUCUAAAAUACUUAUCAAUAUCAAAAAAGUUUAUUUAUACUUAUGGCUUGUAACGCAAGUUUAAUUUGAUAUGCCAAAUUAUACAUAAUUUACAUGGCUACUUAAUUGC